GGAACCGGAGACGGGAGGAGGGAAGAGGGAGGAGGGCUCCGGAGGAGGAGGAGUGGGGGGGAGAACCGGGGAAGGCAGCGGCCGAGGGCGCAGGCAGCUUGGCUCGGCUUUGUCGUCUCGCUCUGGCACCCGGGUCGGAUCCGCCCUGCUCCUCGCCCCCCUCCCCUCCUGGCCCGGGCGAUCCCCUGUGAGGGCUGCCAGCGUGCUUGGUGCUCUUCUACCCGUCCUCAGGAGGCUGCCUGUCCCCCAGCUGCUGAAGUUUGUUUCCUGCAGAAGGGGAAAAAAGGAUGGGAGUCAGUCUACCAAGUCUGCCCUCUGUUUCCUGUCCUCCCCCCUAAGCCUGAGGUAAGCCUACUCCCCCCCAACCUCAUCUACAUACCCAGCCUGUUCUGUCCCACUUCCUGGAUCCCCUUGGAGGCCCCUCAGGAAGGAUAAACAGGUGGGGACAGCACGAUGUUCUUAGCAUCAGUGCUGGGGAGCAGCCCCCGUGGGGGCUCCCUGCUCUGGCCCCUGGCGUCCCCGGCACUCCGGUUCUGGUCUACUUCGGCCACUGACACCCAUCACAUGGAACUGGCCAGAGAGCGAUCCAAGACUGUCACCUCUUUCUACAACCAGUCAGCCAUCGAUGCCGCAGCGGAGAAGCCUUCUGUCCGUCUCACUCCAACCAUGAUGUUGUACUCAGGCCGUUCCCAGGAUGGCAGUCAUCUGCUGAAAAGCGCCCGUUACCUACAUCAUGAGCUCCCUGUUCGCAUAGCUCACCGGAUCAAGGGCUUCCGAAGUCUGCCUUUCAUCAUCGGCUGCAAUCCUACCAUCCUCCAUGUGCAUGAACUCUAUAUCCGAGCCUUCCAGAAGCUGAGCGAAUUUGCCCCGAUAAAGGACCAGGCCUCUGAGGCCCAGUAUUGCCAGUUAGUCCGUCAGCUCUUGGAUGAUCACAAAGAUGUGGUAACUCUUCUGGCGGAGGGACUUCGAGAGUGCCGGAAGCAUAUCCAGGAUGAGAAGUUGGUCCAAUAUUUCUUGGAUAAGACACUGACAUCACGCCUGGGAAUCCGUAUGUUGGCCACCCAUCAUCUGGCCCUACAUGAGGACAAGCCUGACUUUGUGGGGAUCAUCUGUACUCGACUCUCCCCAAAGAAGAUCAUUGAAAAGUGGGUGGACUUUGCCAGGAGGCUGUGUGAACACAAGUAUGGGAAUGCCCCUCGAGUUCGAAUCAAUGGCCAUGUGGCUGCCCGGUUCCCCUUCAUCCCAAUGCCCCUGGACUACAUUCUUCCCGAGCUGCUGAAGAAUGCCAUGAGGGCCACCAUGGAAAGCCAUCUAGACACUCCAUACAAUGUCCCGGAUAUUGUUGUCACCAUUGCUAAUAAUGACAUCGACCUCAUAAUCAGAAUUUCAGAUCGGGGUGGGGGCAUCGCUCACCACUACUUGGACAAAGUAAUGGACUACCACUUCACCACGGCUGAGGCCAGCACUCAGGACCCCCGAAUCAGUCCACUUUUUGGUCACCUGGAUACAAACAGCAAUGGCCAGUCAGGACCUAUGCAUGGGUUCGGUUUUGGUCUGCCUACGUCCCGGGCCUAUGCGGAAUACUUAGGUGGCUCCCUUCAGCUCCAGUCCUUGCAGGGGAUUGGCACAGAUGUCUACCUACGACUUCGGCACAUUGAUGGCAAGGAAGAGAGCUUCCGGAUCUGACGGAUUAGCCUGGCCUUGCCCAGGCCCGCCACCUGCCUUUUUCCCUCUCUCACCAUAAUACUGUCCCUCCCCCUCAUCCUUCCAGGUCUUUAAGUUUGGUCUGAAGUAUUGUGAGCCAGGAGCUCCCCUCAGGACCUUUGCUAAUGGCUCUCCCUGCCAUCUCUGAACCUUUUGUCUCUUGCACCUUGAACUCUGGGCAAUCAGGACUUAGACUCCCAGCUCCCCUGAGCCCACUAGAACAGGGUUGGUAACUCAAUUUCCACCCACCAGUUACUGCAGUCCUUCCUUUCAUACCCUUCCUCCUCUCUCCUAUCUUCUCUGCCUCUGGCUUUUUGGCUCAGAGCUGGGGAUGGUGGGGUAGGGUGGAGGGCAUUUGGGGGCCCCAGAGGCCUCCUCCAUCAUACAUAUUGCUGGGAAAGUGGGUUUGGGGGUCCGUGGACCCCCUUUCCCUCCCCAUCUACUGCUGUGUUUGUAAUAUUAAAGUGCACAUUUUGAAAGCCCCUCCCCCAGGGCACGGUGUGUGUGUCCUGGCUGGCUGGGGGACAGCCAGACUUUCCUGUCUGCCUUUUUCCAGGACAAAGCUGGGGGUCACCUUGUCUCUUCCCCCUUGUCCACAGACAGGUAGGCCUGGCUGGGGGUGGGGCAUGGCACACUUUCCUUUUCAAGAAGAUCUAUGGGGAUAGCAACCAUUCAUUUCAUAGGAUUUAGAGGUGGAAAAAACUUUAAAAGGUCAACCAGACCAACUCCACUCAUUUUACAAACGACAAAACUUAAGCCCAGGAAAUAGUGACUUGUCUAAGGCUACCUUGGGUAGCAAGUAACAGAGGGAUUUGAAGUCUUCUCUGAUUUGAAAUCCAGUUCUUUCUACAAGA